AAUUAAUUAAGGACUAUAUAAAUCUUCUCCAAAAUUUAUAAAUGGAGCCAAUAGAAUAAAGAGUUUCUUGUUAACCCUUUUUUCCUCUGAUCAAUUAUCCACGUUUGAUUUGAUCACCCCAGCAGUCAUGAAAACCCCUCUUCUCCACCGGAAAAAUGAGGAGCCCUCAAUCAUUGAUGAAUUGUUUGAAGUGAUUUGUGACCACAAGAAACUAUUAUUGUCCAUCUUCAUCGGCAUCAUUGUUGUUCUCUGUUUCGUGUUCCAUCAUGCCGAUCCAACCAUAACCCCUGAGUUCAAAGUCGAAACUGGAUCGAUUUAUCCCCUCGAAUUCACUCCGGUCGGAAAAAACAUCCCGUUCAACUUUCCGGUCGGGUACAACGUGACCGCCGGUUGGAACUUCAACUUUUCCGUCACGAACCCGUCUAAAGAUUACGUUUUAUCCUACAGAAAUUUGACCGGACUCAUCAGUUACGGGAUGAGUGCUCCUUGGUGGUGGGUUGUUAAGGAUAUUCCCGAUUUCGAUCAGGCGGAAAACAGUACGGAGAUUUUAAAUGUGGGUUUUGAUUGGAACCAGGAUGUGGUAAUUGACCCGUGUCAUCGUGUGACUAAGCUGCUGGAGAAAGAUAUCAGUAGUGGCUCAUCAUCCCGGUUCCAUGUCGUGUUAACCGGCAAGGUUACACAGAAGAAGGCCGGAAAUUAUUCACUGGACAAGGAGAAAGUUCGUAUAUUGCAAGUUUGGGGUGAUUUAAAGGUUGAGUUUUCGCCGGAGGGUAAUGCAACAACAACUGCUGGUUUGGCUCAGGCGUUACCAAGGAAGUGUUGGACGGGUGUGUUUACUGAGUUUAGUGUAUUCUUCUUCGGGAUUCGGUAUCCCUCCCAAAAUAAUCGUCGUCCUUGCUCUUGUACUAAUGAUGGAAGGUAUCCAUCCCAAGAUGAUUGCUGUUGUACUAAUGAAGGAAGGUAUCCGUCCUAUCCCUCCCAAGAUGGUUAUCCUUACUAUUAUACUAAUGGAGGAAGCUCGCCGAUCGUUAUCCGACCGCCGGUGGGGGAGGGUCGACGAUUAUUAGCCGACCGAGGACUCGGAAGAAGAUCAGUAAGUUAGAAAGUAUCUGGAUAUUUAGGCCUAGUUACUUGGUGAGAAUUUAAAAAUUUGUAGUCAUUUGCUUCUUGUAUUUCAUAGUUAUAGUGUUUUAGUUAUUUUCCAGUAUUGAAUGGUCCAAAUUUCUUAUUAUCGAUAUCCCUAACUCGGACGAUGUAUAGAGCCUUCUCUAUAACUCAGCCAGCUCAAUAAAUAAAGACUAAUAAGCCAUUUGUUUCAUUGACUUCGACUUACCGAGAGAGCAGGAGG